UAUGACAGACGAUAUGUCCUCUGCUUAUGAUAUAUUGGUGGUUAUUCAUCAGUGAAAUAUGAUAUAUUGGAAAUAUUCAUCAGCGGAGGUUCAUACAGGCGAACAAAUAUAUGUAUAUGCGUGACUAGUCGUGUAUCGGAAUGUUGGGAUAUGGUAAACUUCAUGUAUAAACAUCUGUUGUAUGCCUGUUUAUUACAUACCGAGAAGUCUUUGCGCUGCCAUACUGUUUAACAAGUGACGGAAACUACUGGAAUCUUGUUCAUUGGAGUGAAAUCAAAUCGGAUGCAUACACGACAAGUUUAAAAUUGUAUAACGAAUAUUUCAUCACUGUGAAUACAUUCGUGUCACGUGACCCAUGUAGGUCAGUUUUAUAAGCCAUAUAAAUGUGUCGAGCUGGAUCUCUGGCAACAGAUCUGAUUAGCCUUCGAGCUGGGAACAUCAUAGACAAAUAGUUGAUACCUGUUUGUAUUAUUUAGUGUGAUAGCGUUAUUACCAGAUCUAACUGACUUCAGAAACAUGAGUGGUAUAUUCACUGCAUUUAAGUCGGCCUUCACAUCAAAAGGGUUAAAAACUCCAAAGUACAGUGUUAACGAGGCAGCCAAACAUGAGGGGUUCGAGGAGCGUCACUACGAGGCCUGCAAGUGGGUGAGCACCAAGGUCAUGGCCAUGACAUACAAAGAUGGCGUAAGUGCAGGUUUCUGGAGACUCUUCAAGUACAUCAGCGGAGAGAAUGAAGCAAAACAGAAGGUGGAGAUGACGGCGCCAGUGGCCACCCAGGUAGUGCCGGGGGCGGGUCCCAACUGUGAGAGCACCUUCACCGUCUCCUUCUACAUCCCCCUUGAACACCAGGCUGACCCCCCAAAACCCACAAACCCAGAUGUCUUCAUCAGCGACUGGCCGGAGAUUAACCUGGCGGUCAAAUCUUUCAGUGGUUUUGCUAAAGAGAGUGACUGGAUAAGCAAAGGGAGAGAACUGGCUGAAGACGUUGAGAAGACCGAUUUGAAGAACAAGUUUGUGAAAGAAUAUUACUUCACAGCUGGUUACGAUAGCCCAUUCAAACUGUUUGGACGCCAUAAUGAGGUGUGGUUCAAGCUGGAUGACUGAACAUCGGCCUGAUGGAGGCGAACUGUCCUCAUACUGCCACUACUAUUAGCAUUAGUUAGAGUGGGGGGACUCUAACAGCAUGAGAGGGAGAGAUUGAGGUGUGUAAAGCAUUCAGGUGGGAGGGAGGGAGACAUAUUGGUGUGUGUGUGUGUGUGUGUGUGUGUGUGUGUGUGUGUGUGUGUGUGUGUGUGAGAAACAUAUAUGAGUGAGAGUGCUUGAGGCAUGAAAGAAACAUUUAUUUGGAUAUGCUAGCGAGUAGAGUCAUUGAGUGAGUGAGUGAGUGAGUGUGUGAGUUCAACUUUUGUGGCAUACUAAAUCCAUAUAGUGUCCAAGAGAGACAUUGAGAAGUGAGAGAGACGUCUCUUUAGUGAGAUAUUCAUGACACUGCCUCAGCUCCAUGGUCUAUCUAUAUCAUGUGGUCGAAGACACCUGGCACAUCAUGUCAAACCUACCAUACCAUGUUCCCUUGGUAACUUGGGAAGUGUGCAACCAUCUUUUUAUGAAAUACUGGCUCCACCGCUGCUGAUAAUCAAAGAGGAAGUUGUACCUUUCACCUGCUGAUAACGUUAGUCUGUUUAGCGUCCCCAGAAGAACUGACUGUCUCAGAAUGAGGACUUUGUACAAAGAUAUGCCUACACCAGUGUGUGAAAUAAAAAAAGUACCAGACUGCCAUCAGGACCCACAGACUUGAGAAGCUGUUCAGGCCCUCAUUUAAAAAAACUGCAGCUUAUUGCGACAAAUACAUAAUCAACACAUAAUUUUGUCUGCAGGCCAUAAGGACCCAUACAAACUAUGGGCUCGACAUGAGAUCUACCUGCUAUGGGAAUACAGGCAGGGGCAUAUAUCACUGCCUCACACCUCUGGCUGUAGUAGGGUUGAACAGACUCGUGAAAUGUUCCAAUAUGGUAACCCUCAGAGAUAAUACCAAAGAGAAACUAGGCCUCAUCUGUUGAUACUGCUGAGCAUAUGUAUGUUAUAUAUACUACUCAAAAGAAGUAUAAGAACACCCAAUUUUUUUAUAUGACUAUAGUUAAUCUGUCAUGGCUGGUUGGUCUUGCAACACACAGCCUUCCAAUUGUGGGUGUUCCUUAACUUGUUUUGAGUAGUAUAUUUGUAUAUACUGAAGCGCUCAGUUCCAAAUUUAAAAUAAGAGAUUGCUGGUAUCGACGCUGCAGCGAGACUUCCUCAAGUUUAGAAAUACAAUAAGUUUAUCUCCUUAUUAUCAAAUGUUUCUGCUAUUCCUGAUGGAAUGUGUGUUUAUUAGCAUUAUCUGAUACUUGUGUAGAUCUGUAUUAUCUAUUGGUUGUGUUAUACUCAUAAAGAUGGAGGACACCUCAUUCCACGUGCAAGUUUGCUUACUUUAAGAUGCAGUUGUAUUUAUUUUUUGUGUAACUGGUUUUCUUGUGGGUUCUCCUUUUUUGAGAAAAUGGAUGAAAAGUGAAGGAUGAUAAAAUGAUGAGUGAGUGAGUGAGUGAGUGAGAGAGUUGGAGUUUAACCCUAUCAGGCUGGGGGACACCAAGAAUGGGCUUCACACAUUGCAUGUGUUGAAUCGAACCUGGGCAUUAAGCGUGACAAGCAAACACUGUAACUAGUAGGCCACUAUGGCCUAUGUUGUAAGAAUGACAUGUACAUGACAGUAUGCUGUUGAAAGUGUUUCUUUGAAUAUGUGAUGUGAGACUAGGCACUGUUAUAAUCAAAGACCAUGUGAAAGUAUUCCUUCUAUCAGUAUUUUUUUGUUUUUCUGCACAUUGACCUAAAACAAUUGAGAAGUGGAAAUGUUGAAAUGAUAUACUAAUAUCAGAUUUAAUAAAAUAUAUUUGUUCAGUAUG